ACUUAUCAUAUACAUACAUGAUACAAUUCAUCCUGACUCAUAAUCCUUUCUCACCGAUAAUAAUCGAAUCAACUCGUAACCCAAGCGCGACCCAACCAAACAGCUCUUCCGAUUUAACGAAAAAAAAAAAAGCAUUGCUUGGUCUGAAUUUGUAGUUUUGUACAACCCUUUUUUGCUUUUUAUGCGCAGGGUAUUGUAAUUGUUUUCCCUUUUGUUGUUGUAACAAUGCUCUAAUCAACGCGGGAGCGGUGAGUCAUGUGUUGGUGUUCGAAAACGAUCCAGCACCAGCAGAGCCUAUAACUUCGUUCGCCUCCUCCAUUGACGACGCACAGAGAGAGACGGACGGGUGGAAAUUUAGCAAACUGCACCUCCACAACAAAGAAAACCCAAGUUCGUUGAACCUAGACGGGUUUCGGAAGCCAUUGUUGAAAAGUAAAAUCACCUCUCCCCCCUAAAAGUCGCCUUCUUUGUCAACUCAAUCUUCGAUUUCUGCCCGAUAAAUACUUUAUUAUUAUUAUUAUCAUGGGUUGCUGAGGAACUACGACGACCAUCCAAUCCACUGUGUCAUUGGAUACGUAAUCUAAAUGGGAGAAGAAGAAGUUGUUUUGUAGCUUUUCCCCUUCUCAGCUCUCCUCCUCCCCUGCCUUUCUUUAAUCCCUUUUUUUGCCAGAAAUUUUUAUGGGUUUUGAUUUGAGUGCGUAAAGUCGUGUGUUGUUUCCUCUUUACCUUUUUGGGGGAAGAAGAUCCCAGUUCUCUCUUUACAGCGUCAGGAAAUUGAAAUUUCAGCCCCACCACUAUCAACGGCUUGCAUUGCAGAGUUGAUGCUGAACCAGAAGGUUUGUCUGAUUUUACGUUGUUGUAACAUUGGUAAUCGAUGUAAGUGGGAAUAGUAGUUCCAUUCCAUUCCUUGGAUGUGGGUUUGUUUUGGUUGGUUGUGGUUUAGCUGCUGCCUACAUAUACAACAACUGGGCAAUUCUUUAAUCAAUAAUUGCAGACCUCCCUUCAAGAAAAAAAUUGCUCUUUGCUUGAUAUUAUAUGUGUAUUAUCAAGCUAAGACUUAUUCUAAAUUAUCUGUUUUAUUUGUGUUUUUUUUUUCUUUUAACUCGCAGUAAGGAAGUAGACCCUGCAUGUUCUAGUUCUGGGGAUUUACCAUGACCCCAGUUCAGGUAACUCUAUGCUGUUUUUAGCGCCUGGUUUUAGAUGCACUACAAACAGUGUCGUCUUCCUUCAUGCAAAUGCUCAGAUACAACGAUGUGGACACUGACUUUAUUAUGCUUUCUUCCCCACCAACCCAUCCCUCUCCUUCUGAGCAAUAAUAGUAGCAAGCAGCCAAGUACAUUGGUGUCUCUCUUGUUUGUCUAAUUGUCACACUCAUUGUCUCCUUUUUUCCUUUCACAUGAAUACAGCUCGGGCUAGAAAAGGAUCGUUUCCUUUUUUCUUUGAAUUCUUUCUAGUUGUGAACAGUGACAUGCGAAUGCCUUUUUGAUUCUCUUCUAAUAGUAACACCCACAUCGUGUUUUCUCUUUGCUUUUUUCAUGGACUAUCGUGAAAGCUAGAGUGGUGGUCAAAACAUGUGCUGCGUUUUUUUUUCCUCCUGAACCUCUCAACUUGCUUAGAAAAGUCUUCAGCAAUAACCCAUCACUUCUUUUCGAAUGAAAUCCUUUACCUAGCUAGCUUGCAAACUGCUAACCUGUUCCUUAUCUCUCAAGUCAAACAGCUCUUCAAGCUGCAUAAAGGUCAGACUACUGGGGGAUCAAUGAUUAAGCUUUGAAUAAUCUCACAUUAGCUCAGCCCUUCCAAACUUUUUUUUUAAAUCCCAACUCUCUUGGGUUCUUUCUGUACAUGGCAAACAAACAGAUCCAGAUUCGUAGCCACACUAAUUAAGGCAGUUUCUUCCCUUGGUGUCUACUGCUAAUGGUCUGACCUUGGAAUUAAUUAAGACAGGUUUCAUUCCUUUCCUCCUUUCUUGCCUUCACACCCUCAUUAUAUAAAAAGCAGAAGCUGCUAUCUUCAUUUGCCACUCAAGCGGGAAACUUGAAAGUGAGGCUUCCCUUCUUCUCUCCCUUCAAACGGCUUCUGUCUCUAACUUGUUAAAAGGUUCCAACUUUUCACCACAAAACCUUAUUCAAACUAUUCACUGCUUUUCUUGUGUGUAGGCCGUCGUGCCUAAAGACUAGACGGAAUUUCUUAUGAUUCUCUGCAUAGUAAAUGGAGUCCGGAACUCAAAAUUGUUGUUUUGUUUUAACUUUAGCAAUGUUUCUUUCUUGAUUUGUUUAUUCAUAGUUUCUUUUUUGCUUCUUUCUGCAGUUAUAAGUUAUACUUGCAGGCUGCAGCAGCUGGUCUCCAAUGGUUACUCCAACGGAAGAGAAGCUCGACACGAAAGAGAUAGAUGCCGGAAGCCUGUCUUCAUCUCGCCGUCACCCAGAAAAUGCACCACCUUAUGUCCACAAAGUUGGUGUUCUUCCCAGACAGAACCUGUUGGCAGAAUUCAAAUCAACCGUUAAGGAAACCUUUUUCGCCGACGACCCUCUACGCUCCUUCAAGGACCAAACCAAGUCGAAAAUGUUCGUUCUGGGAGUCCGGGCUGUGUUCCCGAUACUUGAUUGGGGGAGAAGUUACAAUUUGAAAAAAUUCAGAGGCGACAUCAUUGCUGGCCUCACCAUAGCCAGUCUUUGCAUUCCUCAGGACAUUGGGUAUGCAAAGCUUGCAAAUUUGGAACCACAGUAUGGAUUAUAUUCUAGCUUUGUUCCGCCUUUGAUAUAUGCGAUCAUGGGCAGUUCAAGAGAUAUAGCUAUAGGACCUGUUGCUGUGGUAUCUCUUCUACUGGGGACUCUGCUUCAGAAUGAGAUCGAUUCCACCAAGAAUCCAACUGACUACCGAAGGCUAGCAUUUACAGCUACAUUCUUCGCUGGAAUCACACAGUUUUCGCUGGGAUUUCUGAGGUUGGGGUUUUUGAUUGACUUCUUGUCACAUGCGGCUAUUGUUGGUUUCAUGGGUGGGGCAGCCAUCACAAUUGCCCUCCAACAACUUAAAGGUUUUCUAGGAAUAAAAAAGUUCACCAAGAAAUCAGACAUCAUUUCUGUGAUGCAAUCUGUAAUUCACUCGGCCCAUCAUGGAUGGAAUUGGCAGACCAUACUUAUAGGAGCAAGCUUCUUAAGUUUCCUACUCUUCGCCAAGUACAUCGGAAAGAAGAACAAGAAACUAUUCUGGGUGCCAGCAAUUGCUCCUUUGGUAUCUGUUGUUCUAUCGACCUUCUUUGUGUACGUAACUCGUGCGGAUAAGCAAGGCGUCCAAAUCGUGAAGCACAUCGAGAAAGGAAUUAACCCAUCUUCAGUGAACCAAAUUUUUUUCUCGGGUGAAUAUCUUCUAAAAGGUUUCAGGAUCGGUGUGGUGGCUGGAAUGAUAGCUUUGACAGAAGCCGUAGCUAUUGGAAGGACAUUCGCUUCGAUGAAGGACUAUCAAAUAGACGGGAACAAAGAAAUGGUGGCCCUAGGAACCAUGAAUGUUAUUGGAUCAAUGACUUCGUGCUAUGUCGCAACAGGUUCUUUUUCUCGAUCAGCAGUGAACUACAUGGCGGGCUGCCAAACUGCAGUGUCCAACAUUAUAAUGUCGAUAGUAGUGCUUCUAACCUUGCUAUUCAUCACACCUCUGUUCAAGUACACACCAAAUGCCAUUCUGGCAGCCAUCAUUAUAGCAGCAGUUCUCGGCCUAAUCGACUACGAGGCAGCUCUUUUGAUAUGGAAGAUUGACAAGUUCGACUUCAUCGCUUGCAUGGGAGCCUUCUUUGGUGUGGUUUUCAUCUCUGUCGAGAUCGGCCUGCUGAUCGCCGUCACGAUUUCGUUUGCGAAAAUUCUGCUGCAAGUGACUAGACCAAGGACAGCAAUUCUGGGAAAGGUGCCAAGGACAGUGGUGUACAGAAACAUUCAACAGUACCCAGAAGCAACCAAGGUUCCAGGCGUCCUGAUUGUGAGGGUCGACUCCGCCAUAUACUUUUCCAACUCCAACUACGUCAAGGAGAGAAUAUUGAGAUGGUUGUUGGACGAAGAAGAACGCAUCGAAGCAUCGGGGAAACAAAGAGUACAGUUUCUGAUUGUAGAAAUGUCUCCUGUUACUGAUAUAGACACCAGCGGCAUCCAUGCAUUCGAGGAGUUGCACAGGAGCCUCAAGAAGCGAGAUAUUCAGCUGAUUAUGGCGAAUCCAGGGCCGGUGGUGAUGGAGAAACUGCACGCCUCGGAUUUGGCGAAUUUGAUUGGAGAAGACAACAUCUUUCUCACGGUGGCGGAUGCAGUGGCCUCUUGCUCUCCCAAGUUGGUGGAGGAAGUGUAAUUUACUAAAGUGUUGGUGGCGGGAGAGGGAGGGAAGGUUGGAUUCCCCUCUUUUGUAUAAAAAGGAGAGCAAAGUAAGUGACUUGAUUCGGUAUCAAAAUGAGCAACAAAGAUAAAAACAAAGAAACCCCUCCAGGAAAGAAGAGGAGGGAAAGAGAAAGUAAAUUUGAGAAAGGAUAAGGGUGGUGGGCUAGCUCUGUGCAUUUUCUUUUCUGCUGUUUUAGUCCUUUGUACGACUGUACCUAACCAUAUCACACCAAUAAAAGCUGUUUCAUCUAUAUAUACACAGUUCAACGUGGUUAGUGACUUAGUGCCCUUAGACCAUCUUCAAUGGCAACCUACCAUAAAAAUGCAUACAUUUG